UCGGUGUCGCGGUGUCUCGGUGUCGCUGUGUCGCCGUGUCGCCGUGUGGCCGUGUCGCGGGCAUGGCGGGGCUGCUGCCGGCGCUGGUGGCGGUGUCGCAGAAGGCGGCGGAGGUGGCGCGGCGCUGCCGGGCGGAGGCGCCGCUCUCCCGGCUCCCGGUGACCGAGAAGCCGGGCCCGGAGCGCGGCCGCCGCUUCCCCCGCGACUUCAAAACCCUGGCGGACGUCCUGAUCCAGGAGCUCAUCAAGCACGACCUGGGGACACAGUUCCCCGAGCUCCGGGGACACAUCCACGGAGAGGAGAACAGCGAGUUCAGGGACGCGCGGGGUGGCACGGUGACAGUGCGGGUCUGUGCCACCCCGGGGGACACGGUGGCCCUGCUGCUGGCCGUGCUGGGCCCCGAGCAGACGAGGGCGGCCGAGCUGCUGGCAGAGGCCGUGCACCAGGAGGUGACACUUGGGGACACGGAGCUGGACGGCAUCGACCCCGGAGUGUCCCCAGGGGACGUGGGGAUCUGGAUAGACCCCAUUGACUCCACCAACGAGUUCAUCGGGGGGCGCGAGGACGUGGCCGCCGUCGAUGGCGUGGUGCCCGGGGGGCUGCGCUCGGCCCUGGUGCUCGUGGGGGCCUUCGAGCGCCGCAGCGGGGUCCCCGUGCUGGGGGUCAUCAAUGAGCCCUUCUUCCAGAGGGACCCCCAGACCGGCAGGUGGCAGGGUCGCUACCACUGGGGGGUGGCGCACGGCGACACGCGGCUGUGCUCGCUGUCCCCUCCUGUCCCCCGGCCGUGUCCCCGCGUGGUGCUGAGCCGGGCCGAGGCCGCGGCGGUUCGGGGGGCUCUGGCCUCGCUGGGGGGGGGUCCCCCGCUCUUCGCCGCCGGGGCCGGCUACAAGCUGCUGUGCGUGGCGCUGGGGCUGGCGGACGCCUUCGUGCUGUCGCAGGCCACCACCUUCGCCUGGGACUCGUGCGCGCCCCACGCCAUCCUGCGCGCCCUGGGCGGCGGCGUGGUGGCCCUGGAGGGGGCGCUGCGGGCGCGGCGGGAGGGGGACCCCGGGGACCCCCCCGAGCUGCUCUACAACCGGCCCGAACCGGGCCGGGCCGGGCCCGAGCGCUGGGCCAACCGCGGGGGGCUCGUGGCCUUCGUGCACCCCCCGCACCUGCGGGCGGUGCUGGCGGCGCUGGGAGGGCUGGGGGACACGGGGGACACGGGGGACAGUCAGGGGUGA